AAGUUUUGUUUUUGUUUCAAGAUCUAAGAAUGACGAAUGUUCAGUUAGUUCCAGAUGAGAUGGAUCCGACUAGUCCAGGAUACAGGGAUACAGAAACCUCACAGUUCAGGUUCUCCUCCUCUACUCCAUACAAGAGCAGGAGAAGAUCAUAUCACGAGAGUUCAGGUCUGCGGCGGAGAGGAAAAUAUGGAGAAAAUGAACUAGAGGUAUCCCUGCUUAACUCUAGCGAGAGGGACGACAUGGAGUCCUCAAAUCUGGAUCUGGAAUCCUGUCUCAGGACGAGCCCGGAGAAGUUCUCGGUUUUUGAGGAGUCUUGUCGGUUCUCGGAUUCUACCGAACUGGAAACGGUUUCUCUGAGACCAGGAUCAAAACAUGUUCAAGGGUUAGGAUCAAAACAUGAUCAGGAUAUGGAGAGGACUGUUCCGGGAUGUUCCGGAGAUUAUUUCAGUUCUACGCGUGUAAAGGAAGAGUUUUUGUCUUCCUAUGGCGAGGCUAAAAGAAGAAGAUGUUCUAUGAUACUCCGAGAUAUAUCGGAUAGAGAAGUCCCGGUCCAGAACCAGGACCUGGAGACUAGUCUUGAUCCUGUACUAGCUCGCCCACCUGGAGCCGGAGUUAAUAAACCAGAGGAAACAUUAACUCCGCUUUUAUCGACGGAGGAUAAGUUAUUUUUAGAUCCGGAGAUAACCAAUUCUAAACCUGAGGUUGGAGGUAAGAGAUCGGAGGUUUCGGAAAGCAACUCCGAGGAUCAGUUUGAAGACAAAGAUACGAAGGACGAAUCUGAAUAUGACGAUGAUGAGAGUCUGGAUGAAGAGGAUGAGGAGGAAGACGACUUGCUUCAACAAUUAGUGGAUAAUUCUCUUGCUGUUGAAUCUGUAGUUGUUAUAACACGAGUUGUCCCUGAAAGCCCUGUGCCGGGCAGCGAGGAGAAUAUAUCCCAACUCUCAAACAGUCCAUCCCUCUUCUCAGGGAGCAUAGAAAACACGGAGAUCCAGGAGAGCCUGGAGAAGGAUGAUGACUCCCAGGUUCCGAGUUCAACUGCGGAGUUUACUCUGCUCCCUCUGGGUUCCCGGAGAGUGGAGGAGAAGGUUGGACUGCUGGGUUCUCUCCUGCACCCAGAGCAAGACGAGAACUAUUAUCUAGCAGGGGGGAAUUCUCCGCCAUUGCCGGAGAGAGAAGAAGUUCCGCCAUUACUCCGACAGUCUUCAUCUUUAGAUCUGAGUGAGUCCACCGCUCUCCUAGAGAAUGAUACAGAUAGUAGUGCAGAAAAUUAUACAGAGAAUGAUGAAGAUACUGGCGCAGAAAAUGAUACAGAGAAUGACCUCUCUGAUCUGGGAUCUCAAGGUAUGAGUUCUGAGUUGUGCAGAACGGAUCCGUCCUUUAUCCUGUACAGUGAGACAACUAGCUCCGAGCUUGACAUUACUACAUGGGAUCAGACGGUUCCAUACUCUCCCAAGAGAGCUGGAGAUCCAGAGGAUUAGAUUCAGAUCGUAGCGUGGUGCCAAGAUUAAGAACGGAUUGAUGAAAUAAUCGGGUUCUAAACCUUAUUACAUGUUAUUACGUUAUUAUUAUGUAUUCUUGUUAAGAAUUAUUUAGUUUACAAUCAAAAUCCUGUAAGUAACCUUAGUUUAGAUAUUAGAUAAAUUUAAUUUAUGAUAAUUUGUAAUCAAAUAUUGUUUUUCGGAAUUUGAAGUAAAUCUAUGAAACUCGUUAUUAAGUGAAAAUUAAAAAAAGUAUUUAUAGUUGUUGAACAAAUUAAAAGUUUAUUAUUAUUUGUAAUAUGUAAC